AUGGCCGGCAACCAGUCGUCGUCGUCGCCGGCGGGCGCGGAGCUCCGACGCGGCUUGUCCUACUACGUUUUCCUUCAAGUUUUAAUCGGCGUCUUCCUCGCCAUCAACCUGUUCCUGCUGGGCACGCUGUUGGGCAGGGAGCAGUUCAGGUUGUCCAUGCGCUACGUCCUGUUUGCCAACAUGCUGCUCAACGACUGCUGGUUCCUGGUCGUCAGCGACGUGCUGCUGCUCCACUACCACUUUGGCAUCGCCAUCCGCCGGUGGCUGUGCAUGGGCAUCUACUUGGUGCAGGCUCUCUCCAACCGGGCCACGGCGUGCACUUUGACCGCCAUGACUUUGGAACGCUACGUGGCCGUGUGCGUGCCCCUGCGGCACGCCGAGCUGUGCUGCGGCCGGCGAAGCCUGGGCGGCGUGGCGGUCAUCGGCGGCCUGAGCUCCGUCCCCGGCGUGGUCUUCUUCUUGGCCGUCUCGGCCUCGGUCGGCAGGGACUACUUUGAGCGCCGGCUGAUGUGCACCGUCCACAACCUGGAGGCCUACCCGUGGCACAACCACCUGAGGUCGGCCGUGUUUGCGGCGUACUUCCUGGCCAUGGGCGGCGUCAUCGUCUUCUGCUACGUGCGCAUCAUGAGGGCGGCCAAGGCGGCGCGGGCCCGUGAGCGAGCCGCGUCCCGGAGAGGCCUCGGCACGGUGAGCCUUCACGCCGUCCAGUUGGUUCUCUGCCUGAUGCAGCUGCUGCUCCCGCCCUUCGAGAAGGCCCUGGCGGAGGCGGAUCGCGACGCCUUUCAGAUCGUGCGCCUCUUCAACUACGUCGCCGUGACGCUGAGCCCGCGCUGCCUGAGCCCCCUGGUCUACGGCCUCCGGGACGAGACCUUCUUUAAGGCGCUCAAGUCGUACGCGCUCUGCCGUUUCUCCGGGAAGAACUGGAGGAUUGAAAAAAGGCAAAAGCCGCCUUUCCGUCGCCACGCUUCCAGCGCCAAGUGCUCAAAGGGGGGCGUCGCCCUUCCAGAAUAA